CACGCUGGUGUUUGUGAGAAAAUUUUGACUCGACCGGCGCGAGAUCGGAAUUUAUUUACGUUCGAAAAACAUUCGAUACCACGAAUAACAUUUUUGUAAAUUAUUAAUUAAUUACACGAUUACCUGUUUAUUUUACCAUUUUUCAUCAUGUUUCAAUUUUCGUUCAACGAUGAUCGAAGUUCUUGCAGUGACACAAGUACGAUUUCCGAGCCACUGGCCCGAUUUGAAUGCAUGGAGAUAACGGAACCAAGAAAGCUAUUGCACGGUAUAAGCUUGGAACCGGACAACUUGCACGUAUUCGUUGCCAGCGUGGACAUUCAGGUGGAAUAUAUAAACUGUCUAACGCUACCGCAAGAGGAUCUAUCCGAUGAGAUUCAGACGGCGGAACUGGACCAUUCAGAUCUGAUUCCGGGAAAAUAUGAGGGGGGCAUGAAGGUAUGGGAAUGUACCUUCGAUCUGGGUGAACUGAUGGCUGAACGGGAGGAGUACAGGAAGCUGUUUCAGAAUGCGAAAGUGCUUGAUCUUGGAUGUGGUUCCGGAAUCCUUGGAAUUUUGGCGGUGAAGCUUGGCGCUGAUACGCUAGUAUUUCAGGAUUAUAAUAAAACUGUAUUGGAAAAGGUUACGGUGAAGAAUUAUUUCUUCAACUGCUCUGAGGAUAAGGAGAACACAUCCAGAACGGUGGCGCGUUUUUAUUCUGGAGAAUGGGGAAGUUUUGUAGGUAAGGUACAGGAGAAAUUUGACGUGAUCCUCACAUCGGAGACGAUUUACAAUGACAAGAACUACGGCACCUUGAUUGAUUUGUUCAAGUGUACGUUGAAGGCGAAAGGGGUUGUAUUGCUUGCAGCAAAAACCUACUACUUCGGUGUCGGCGGAGGAAUGCGUCUUCUAGAGCAAGCGUUGGACGAGGAUGGCACAUUUAACUACCGGACGGCAUGGAAGUGUGACGAUGGCGUUCAGCGAGAGAUUCUUGAGAUACGAUGGAAGCAAGUCGUACCGGAGAAAUAAUUCAUCCAAUGACCAAAGAACAGAAAGAGAGAAAGAAAACGGAUCCAAAGUUCAGCAGCUACCACCAGAGAAAAUCGACGAGGAAGUGGUAUCCUCCUUCGCCAACCGUGCACUGACUGAUUAACUGAGAUGAAAAGCAGCAGG